CGGGCCCCCCACCGAGGGGGUGCUCGGCGGCGUGGCUUGGGACGGGGAUGGCGCUCGGCAUGGACGGGACUGGCGGCGGCGGAGGAGGCGUAGCGCGGGGAUGCGUAUGGCGGCGGUAUCGGCAGGAUCGACGGAUUCGCACGUAAGGGAGGGGGGAGCGAGGCUGAGGGAAGGUUGCGGCAUUUGCGAUUGACGCGAGGCUGAGGGUGUGUAAGGUCGUGAUCAUACUUUUAAUCUGGGCCGUUAAAUCUGUAGGAUAUGUGCUGUGAGUCGUUGAUAUUGUAAGUGGGAUUUGUCUGGAGAAGAUUUUAAUUAUAGUAGAGAUGAUGGGUGAUAUCACCCCAAACCAAACAGGGCCUUACUUAUAUUGAUUGACAGGUUAUUAGCUUCCAUGUUUAGGAUUAGGAGGAACAGCUUGCCGCACAUAUUUGAUUCCAUUAACAAUUAUUACCACAAUUGAUUACCGUAAUUGUAUCCUAUCUUGGGCUAUAAAAAUGCAUUGCAAAUCACACUCUAUACUUGUCCACCAAAUUCAUCGGUUGCGUGUAAUUUCCACACACACCAGAUCCAACUCCAAUCCAAUCCAAGAAGAGAAAACACGCACACCAUGGCCACUCCUCCAUCCGUGCUCCGCUUCGUAGCCGUCCUGCUCGUCACCGUCUCCCUCCGAUCCACCGCCACCGCCGCCCGCCACGAGAAGACCACCCACCUGCACUUCUUCCUCCACGACACGCUGAGCGGGAAGGACCCGAGCGCGGUGCUGAUCGGCCGCGCCGCCGGGCGCGACCCGAGGCCCUACGUCCCGGUGCCCUUCAGCUCCCUGUACGCCGCCGACGACCUGCUCACCGAGGGCCCCUCGCCGCAGUCCAAGGUGGUGGGCAACGCGCAGGGGCUGUGGGUCUCGUCCGGCAGGGGCAAGCUGUCACUCGUCCUCGGCAUGGACUUCGAGCUCACCGACGGCCCCUUCAACGGCAGCGCCUUCGUCGUGUACUCGCGGAACACCGUGACGCGUCCCGUCGGCAGGGAGCUCGCCAUCGUCGGCGGCCGCGGCGCGUUCCGGCUGGCCCGUGGCUACGCCCUGCUCCGCACGCAUUUCCUCGACAACAACAAUGGCGACGCCAUCAUAGAGUACAACGUCACCCUCGUCCACCCUUGAUCGAUCGAGUUCCUUCCCCGCGCAUGCAUGCUUGCGCGUUCAGUGCAUGUCCUCUCGUUGUAGCUGUAGCACAAUAACUUAUACACAUGUACAGAGAACACUAUCAUGGAAUGGAACUCGAGAGAGAUGUGCUUUGUUUGUCACAUCACAUUGCAUACGUGGAGAUGGAGUAGUCGUUUAUUGCAUGCAGAUAUUGAUGCAGCAAAGACAGUACAGCAGAGGCUAGCUUAUUCUUCUAGGGACGAAGAGAGGCGCGUCAAUGGCGGACCGUGUCCAUUUCAUGAUCAGAUCAUGCAUUGCACACGCCUCUCCAUGUCGCACACGAGCA